AUGGCUGGGCCUCCGAGUAAGAGAAUAAAGACGAUAUCUGUGAGCAGACCCGUAAUUUACGGUAAUACAGCCAAGAAGAUGGGUGACACGAGGCCGCCAAAUGCACCGGCAGAGCAUACACAUAUAUGGACAAUUUUCUUAAGAGGUCCUCAAAAUGAAGAUAUCUCAUAUUAUAUUAAACAGGUAGUAUUUAAGCUACACGACACAUAUCCAAAUUCUACUAGGAUUAUUAAUGCUCCACCUUUUGAAUUAACAGAGACUGGUUGGGGUGAAUUUGACAUAAAUAUUAAAAUCCAUUUUAUUGAGGACGCCAAUGAAAAAGUAUUAAGCUUUUACCAUAGACUACGACUACACCCUUAUGAUAUGACACAACCCAAUCAGGAAGAGAUAAAAUCAAUAUUUUAUGACGAACUAGUGUUUAACGAACCAAACGAACAGUUUUUCCAAAUAUUAAUGACAAAACCUGGGAACCUACUGCCUUCAAAUAAGACAGACCAAUGUCCAUUCUCGAAACAACUAGAAAUUGAAGAGAUAGAUAGAAUCAAUGAUGGUAUUAAAGAGGUUGAUCAACAGAUAGAGGAAUUGAAGGGAAAGGUAGCUGGAAAAGUGAAAGAAAAGUCAUAA